AUGCCGUUCACGGACGAAGAUGCGGCUCUCGAGGCCAUCACACAGCUGGCAGCUCUCUCAUCUGGGCAAGAAGAGGCCAAGGCCAAGAUAGACAGCAUCCUUGCAACAGACGAUCCAUUCGUCGACAUUCACGAGCUAUUCGGCCUCUACAACACUCUAUACUUCCGCACCCUACUGGUACCCCGAGUAGAAGUCUCAUGGUCCGCCAGACUGACCCUCUGCGCCGGCAUCUGUGAACUCGUCCGCGACCCAUCGAACAACAACAAGUAUACCAGGAUCCGCCUCAAACUAUCCGAAUCACUGCUCAAGUACCGUUCCCGAAGCGACGUCGUAAACACCCUCCUCCACGAGGCCAUCCACGCAUACUUCUUCAUCACCACCUCCUGGCGCCAUUCCCGUGGCGACGACGGCACCGGCCACGGCGACGGCUUCUUGCUCCUUGCGGACGCCAUCAACGACCACGGCGGGUACAGCAUCUCCGUAUACCACACUUUCCAUGAUGAAGUCGACUCCUACCGGACGCACGUCUGGCAAUGCGACGGGCCUUGCAAGGGGAAGGCUCCGUUCUUCGGGCUCGUCAAGCGGAGUAUGAACCGUGCGCCUGGGAAGAGCGAUGUGUGGUGGAAGCAGCAUCAGGAUGAGUGUGGUGGGAGGUUUGAGAAGAUUGCGGAGCCCGAGAUGUCGAAAGAGCGGGUGGAGAGGUUGAGUGGGUUGGAGAGGGCGGGGAGGCAGAGGAAUAAGAUUGAUGCGUGGGUGAGGAAGAGGGGAGCGUCCCGGGGUGGGGAUGGGAAAGGGGCGGAGGCUGAUGGGGUUCCUGCGGAGAAGAAGAUGAAGAUGGCUGUGAAGUGUCCUGUCUGUAGUGAGGAGAUGGAGAUGAGUGUGGUGGAUGAGCAUGUUGAACGGGAGCAUCCGCCCGGAAAUGUCCUCAAGUGA